AUGUCAUGCGAACAAAAGCGAAUAAAAAGAAAUAUUUCUUUGACUAGUGUUGCUAUGUGCGAUUUAACAGAUUCUUUCUUUCUUUUGCUAAUCAAGUUUUUUAUUGUUUCUUUUUCUUUUCAAACCAAAUGCAUAUACUUUCAUUUCUUCUUAUUCGUUUUCGUAUACUUUGAUUUCUCUUUCUUUUUCUUUCCUCUAUUUCUUUUUUUCUUUCGUUUCCAUUUUCUUUCUUAUCUUCCUACUAUUUUUCGCUUCGUUUUCCUUUUCUCUCGUUUUCUUUCCUUUUUCUUUUCAUUUUCUUUUUCUUUCCUCUAUUUUUUCUUUCAUUUCUCUUUUUCCUUUUUUCCCUCUAUUUCUUUUUUCAUUCGUUUCUGUUUUCUUUCUUUUUCUUUCUACAGUUUAUUUUUCCCUUCGUUUUUAUUAUCUUUCUUUUUCUUUCCUUUAUUUCUUUUUUCUUUCCUUUAUUUCUUUUUUCUUUCGUUUUCUUUUUCUUUCUUCUAUUUCUUAUUUUCCCUUCAUUUUCCUUUUCUUUCUUUUUCAUUCUUCUAUUUGAUUUUACUCUUCUUUUUUUAUUUUCUUUCUUUUUCUUUCCUUUCUUUCCCCCCUUCGUUUUCCUUUUCUCUUUUUUCCUUUCCUCUAUUUUUUCCCUCCGUUUUAUUUUCUUUCUUUUUCUGUUUUGUAUUUCUUUUAUCCAUUCGUUUCAAUUUUCUUUCUUUUUUCUUUCAUCUAUUUCUUUUUUUCUCUUUGUUUUUCUUUUUUCUUUUUCUUUCCUCUAUCGCUUCUUCCUCUACGUUUUCCUUUAUUUUUCUUUUCUUUCUUUUUUCCUCUAUUUCCUUACUUUUCCUUUUUCUUUUUUCCUCUAUUUUUUCCUUCGGUUUUCUUUUCUUCUUAGACAACAAAAUCUGA